AUGGGGAUAGGAGGUGUCCCUGAAAACGGCGCUCUGGACUCACGUUUCGGGCUGGAGUUUGUUGCAGUGCGGGUCCAAGAUCCUCGAAUUCAGAAUGAAGGUUCUUGGAAUUCAUACGUGGACUAUAAAAUAUUCCUACAUACCAACAGCAAAGCUUUCACCGCCAAAACCUCGUGUGUGCGGCGGCGCUACAGCGAUCCGGUCCCGGAGCUUCCAGGAAGGUCCUUCUUCUCCUUCAGCAACGAGGACUUUCUGGAGGGCCGGAGGAAAGGACUGCAGGCCUUUUUGGAC